AUGGGUGAUGACUCUGAGUGGCUGAAGCUUCCAACGGAUGAGAAAUGCCAGCACAAGGCUUGGAAAGCCAGAGUGGCUGGAUAUGAAGAAGCUGGCAAAUUAUUUCUUGGAUUGGAUGAAAAGAGCCAGGAAUUUUCUCGUUAUGCUGGACUUAUAAAAAAGUUUGUUCUGGACUCAAAUGCAGUGGCACAAGAGAAGGGGCUAGAUGCUGUCCAGGCGUUUCUAGAAAAUGCACCAACUAAUAUUUGUGGCAGAGUCUGCAGCGAUAUUGUCAAUGGAAUCGUGGCCAAAUGUCUCAAUGCAAGCAAGCAGAAAACAAAAGAAAAGGGCAUAGAGAUUAUAAUGCUGUUUAUUGAAGCAGAGAAGCCUGAUGUUGUUCAGGAAUGCCUGAUGGCAGGAAUGGAAAACAAGCAGCCAAAGAUUGUUGUGGGAUGUAUACAGGCCACAACUAUUGCCUUGAGGGAUUUUGGAACCAAAAUCGUUCAAGUAAAGCCUCUGUUAAAACUGCUGCCCAAACUACUGGAGGAUCGUGACAAGACAGUUCGAGAUGAGACAAAGGCACUGGUCAUUGAGCUCUAUAGGUGGAUUGGUGCAGCGCUGAAGCCUCAGAUGACCAACUUCAAACCAAUUCAGGUUCAAGAACUGGAGGCCGAGUUUGAGAAGCUGCCACAGGAGAAGGCUCAUCAGACCAGAUUCAUGCGGUCUCAGCAAGAUCUGAAGGCCAAGUUGGAAGAACAGGUAGCAGCUGGCACUGGAGGUGGUGACCAAGAUCAAGUUGAUGGAGCAGAUGAUGAUGACGCUAUUGACCCAUAUGAGCUGAUGCCAUCAGUGAAUGUUCUUGCAGAGUUGCCGAAAAAUUUCUAUGAACAGAUUGAAGCAAAGAAGUGGCAGGAGAGAAAGGAAGCUCUAGAUGCUGUCCUGAAGUUGUCGGAAUCUCCUAAAAUUGAAAAUGGCGACUACAGUCAGUUAGUGAGAGUCCUAUUAAAGGUCAUCGCCAAAGACACAAAUGUGAUGUUGGUUGCUUUGGCUGGAAAAAUCCUAGCUGGAAUAGCAAAAGGAUUACGCAAGAAGUUUCAACCUUAUGCUACUACCUGUGUGUCCACCCUGCUGGAAAAGUUUAAAGAGAAGAAAACCAAUGUUGUUGCUGCGCUGAGGGAGGCCAUUGAUGCUUGCUAUGAAGCCACCAAUUUGGAAGCAAUCAUGGAAGACGUUGUGGCAGCUCUAGAUAACAAAAACCCAAGCAUCAAGGCUGAAACUGCCAUAUUCUUGGCUCGCUGUUUUGCCAAAUGCACACCAGCUACACUGCCAAAGAAGAUGCUGAAGGCUUAUGUAACACCACUUCUUAAGACGGCCAAUGAGCCAGACCAGAAUGUGAGGGAAGGAUCGUUUGAAGCCCUGGGUGUUGCCAUGAAGGUUGUCUCUGAGAAGAACAUUGCUCCGUUCCUUACAGAUGUGGACAACAUUAAAAUGCAGAAGAUUCAAGAGUGGAGUCAAAAAGCUGUGCUGCUCAAUGCAAAAGGGGAGCCUAGAACAAAAGGAAGUGCAGCUCCACCUGCAGCCAAGACUGCGGCUGCUCCUGCCCAGAAAGCUGAGGAAGAACCCAAACCUGUGAAAAAACCAGCCGGUGUUAAGCCAGGAGGGCCCCCAGGACCAGCUGCUGGCAAACCAAAA